CAUUCCCCGACCCCACUUGUCCUUUGUAGCAGCCGGUGCUGGUUGAACAGAUGGAGGCGGGUCACAGGAGAUACCAGCCCAGCUGAUUAUUCACACACAGUCACACACAGUCAGACAGCCACAAACACCGCCCCCUUUACGGAGACUGAACAGCCCUCGUCCUGCAUGCCGCUCCCUCAGUCUACUUGAGCAGGACGUGCACUACGCUACCCCUCAGGACUACUGCAGUGUACUAUUCCACACACACAAGGACAGCACACGGAGUGGCAUCAUGGGGAGCAGCAUGUCAUGUGUCCCCCAACACAACCUCACCUUCUCCAGCAAAAGUUUCAUCCGUAGAAACAGCAGUCGCCUGUUCCGCAAGAAGAACCCCCAAGAGGGUCAGGAGAAGUCCAACAGCAUCAUCAACGUCCUCUGCACUGUCACACCCAGGAAGGCAAUGUCCCCCAAAGACCUAGAGACCAUCGAGAACAUCAAAUGGGACCCUCCGUUCCCAUAUGACCCGGCCAGCGGCUGGAAGAAGAGCAGUAUCAACGUGAAAAACUAUGGACGGCUGAUUCAUAGCUCCAAAGUUCGAUUCCGCUUCCUGCACUGCAAGGAUAUACAUGAUUGUUACUUGGAUCUCUUCCAAACACACCUUCACUUUGUGUCUAACAACACCCCUGGACUCACAUACCAGGGAACUCUUCCACUGAAGGAACUGACCAUCUGCACCCUGCAGCAGAACAGCAACCACAGCCAACCGCUGGAAUAUGCCUUUCAAAUCAAUGGUGUCAGCCUGAACCCCAUCAUCGUCUAUUGCGCCAACCAACAGGACAUGGACCAAUGGUUUGGUCUUCUUCGAGAGAACAUUGAAGCCAAUGGCGGCACGGCCUUUGUGCCAGAAAACUACACCAGAGUGAAAAAGAACACUGUCGGUAGAGAGGAGCUGAGGAACUCCAUCAACAGGGAGCCCAUCUAUGAAUGGGAGGGGUUGCAGCGAGACAGCCUGGGCCCCAUCACCUAUGUCACCAAGGUUCGAUUGCAGCACAUGCCGUGCCAGGAACAAAGCGACAGACUGCUGGUGAUGUACACGUCGACCAUGAUCAUCCUAUCAGAGGAAGAAGACGGCCUCUUCUACAAGGGCAAACUUCCGCUCGACAUGAUCACCGUGACUACACCCUGCCAAGAUGUCAAGCCCAAUACCUUUAUGAUUGAAGGCAAGCUCAUCAACCCCAUAGUGGUGUCUUGUAUGGAUCGGAGCGAGUUCUGCGACUGGAUCCAGCAUUUCAAAGCUGCUGACGUGCCUGUUCUCAGCCCCCCGCCCCCGGUUUAUGACAUCAUCUACACACCUACUCGCAAGGAGAUGCCGCAGUUUGGCACGUGUAGCGGAAACAGUAAAGCCCGCCCUGAGCCCCUCAAGUUCAGCCAGAGUGGACGUGGAUCCCACAACCUUCCGUUCCUCACCCAUGAAGACAACCCACUCUCCCCUGGAUACUCGGAGCCUCUAUGUUACACCUCCAGCCGUCCCUCCUCUACCGAGACCGCCCGCCUGGGAAGCAGGACCAACAGCGUCUCUUCCCACUACAAACCUGAACGUGACUCCCGACCCUUCCCUCUGCGCUACUCGUCCCCCCAACGCAGCUCCUACCUCCAGUCUGCAGACAGCUCAGUGGGCAUGCCGCACUUGUACAGCACACCCUACUCUGGCCCCCACCGGUUGGAGAAAGGUCAGCUCGUCAAGUCCAACAGCUGGAACACAUCUCAGACCUCUCUUGGUUACCCCAUGAACGGCCCACAAAGACACUUGUCCCCCCUCUACGAUGAGCCCUGCAGCCCCGACAUCGAUGCCUUGGAGGAUGGCAGACCAGUGGAGAGCUGGCCCGAGCCUACUCCUCUGUUCCACCAUCAGCAGGGGCCUUGGCUCCCACCCUCUAACUUCCAGCUCCGCACCCCACCAUUGGGCAGGAGUGGCAGGAGCGGCAGGAGAAGCCUGAUCCUGACCAGCUCUCAGGGGCCGGCUCUGGGCUGGGACAUGGAGACCCAAACGGACCAAAGAGCGGAGGCCGUGUCAAGGCUGAAGAUGCUGGCUGCACCAUCAAAAGGACGAGAGCAGACACAGCUCAGGUCCAAUAUUGUCAUCAACACGUCUCAGCUGUUGUACAAUUACUCACCAGAUCUUCAGUCGUACCUCAAACCGACAGAGCCAGAUGACCAGGAAAUAGACUAUGACAACAUUUGGGAGUAUGAUCGCAAUACCGGAAUGAUUCAGUCAACGUCUGGAAUUCCGACACACUGCACUGGAUUACACGGCGGGGCCAGAGGCCUCGGUGCCAUGGCGACCAAACAGAGAUGGUCAUAAAACACAACAAAGGGCCAGCACUUGUCUGGGCGUGUGCAAACAAUCAUAAACAAGUCAAGUGGUGUCGGCCGCGUUGGCCAGUAAGUGUUCGGUACAACAGGAAGUUUACAAAUGACGUAGGAGAAAUACGAGAAGGAAGAAGAGGACGUUUCAACUGUGAUGUAGCAUAGUUUCUGUACUUUUAAGGUUAUUUUUAUAUUGUAUUACUGUAUGGCAUUGUGCAGUUUUUGUGCUACUGAUUUUUUAUUUGUUUUUUCUAUUAAAAAACAUUCCAGCACGAUAUUUAUAUUAAAGAGGUUUGGGUAGUUUUUUAAUCAUCAAA